AUGCAACAUCAGGUUAACCUGUCCAGGUAUUCCUGUGAGAAGAUCCACAACCUUCUGCUUUCCUCUGUCGUAAAUUGCCAUGAUUUGCUCUUGCACUGGGCCCACACUGUUAAUAUUAAACUGAGGCUUAAGGCUCCGGGCAAAGUCAAUAAAUCCAGAGUGCUCGGCCAUGCAGAUACUGUUAAUAACAUUAUAACUGCUGCUAUGGCCAUUCAAUUGGAUUCUGGCUACUCCAUUGCCGGCCCUAUACCGUUUUCUUUAUAUAUUGGUUCUUGGAGUUUGCGAUUCUGGACUCAGUUCGUCUUUCUCCUUAGUGUGCCGGACAACAGGGCAUAUUCCCGAUGCAAUGUGCCGUUUUAG